UCUUAUUUAGUGGCGCCGCCCGGAGCACUGCCCCUGUAGUUCCUCACGGGUCGCGGUUUGCGAACACGCCGCAGGUGUCUAGGUGCCCGCUAACCUCAGGCCCCAACCCGGUGAGUCCCAGCCCGACAGCUCAGGGAGCUCAGCAAGACCCGCCGCCGCACUCAGGACCUAAUUUUUUCUUCACAGGUUCUGAUGCUGGUCUCUUGUAGAAGGUUGCUCACAGCUUUGCUGCAGGCUCAGAAGUGGCCCUUUCAACCCUCCAGAAAUAUGAGACUGGUGCAGUUCCAGGCACCCCACCUGAUGGGACCUCAUAUGGGCCUGGAAUCAGGGAAUGGUGGGGGGGUCAUCAACCUCAACGCCUUUGACCCCACACUGCCCAAGACAAUGAUGGAGUUCCUGGAGCAGGGAGAGGCCACCCUCUCGGUGGCAAGAAGCGCUCUGGCUGCCCAGUUGCCAGUCCUGCCACGGUCAGAGGUGACCUUCCUGGCCCCCGUCACACGGCCAGACAAGGUGGUAUGUGUGGGAAUGAAUUAUGUGGACCACUGCAAAGAGCAGAACGUUCCUGUGCCCAAGGAGCCCAUCAUCUUCAGCAAGUUUCCCAGUUCCAUCGUGGGGCCCUAUGACGAGAUCAUCCUCCCCCCAGAGAGCCAGGAGGUGGACUGGGAGGUGGAGCUGGCUGUGAUUAUUGGAAAGAAAGGCAAGCACGUCAAGGCCACAGAUGCCAUGGGUCAUGUGGCCGGCUUCACCGUGGCUCACGAUGUAAGUGCUCGUGAUUGGCAAAUGAGACGCAAUGGAAAGCAGUGGCUGCUGGGAAAAACCUUUGACACCUUCUGCCCCCUGGGCCCUGCCUUGGUGACCAAGGACAGUAUAGCAGAUCCACACAACUUAAAGAUCUGCUGCCGAGUGAACGGGGAGGUGGUCCAGAGCAGCAACACCAACCAGAUGGUGUUUAAGACUGAAGAGCUGAUAGCCUGGGUCUCCCAGUUCGUGACUCUUUACCCAGGGGAUGUCAUCCUGACUGGGACGCCCCCAGGUGUUGGUGUGUUCAGGAAACCUCCAGUAUUUCUCAAGAAGGGCGAUGAAGUUCAGUGUGAAAUCGAAGAACUAGGCGUCCUGAUCAACAGGGUGGUGUGACGGAUCUUACCACGAGCCCUGGACUUAAGAGGUGGGAGCAUCCAUGCCUGCCUAUCACAGGGAGGAGCCCAGGAGGGAGAGGGAUGGAGCCCUUCAAUAAAAUUCUCAGCCCAAAGCAGCA